AUGGAUCGUGAUAGUUACUCCAGUAGCUCGAGCUCCAGAUCGAGUUCAGCGGAUGGGAACUACAAGCGCAGACAGAAGCGUACUCGAUCACCUUCCAAAGCGUCCCGAAACUUAAUCGCACCUGGUACGAGCCGGGGCAGCGACCAUAAGUCAUAUACGCCAUCAAAUACACCCCCGUUACCAAAAUCCAACGAUACUGUGAGCAGGUUAGAAGCGUUGGUGGAAAAGUUGAUUAAGCACCAAACAAAGGCGAAAGACAAACACCAUCGUGGAAUUAGGGUUGCUAUAAAACCGGAAAGUAUACCCGAGUUCACGCCUGGAAAUCCAAAUUUGAGUUCAGCGAAAUGGAUCGCAAAAAUCGAACAGUUGGCAAAAAUUAAUAAGUGGGAUGAGCCAACCAUGAUAUUUUUAAUGCAGAGUCGUCUAAGUGGAUUAGCUCGACGCUGGUAUGAUAAUUUAUCAACAUAUCGACUGAGUUGGAAAGAGUGGAAGAAAUUGCUCGUAAAAUCCUUCCCUGAACACAGAGAUUUCGCCACUACGUUACGUGCCCUCGUAAAUUGGAUGAAGUUGCCUACAGAAUCAUGGGAAAGAUAUUACUGUGACAAGGUAGAACUUACAAAUGCUUGCGAUAUUAAUGGACAUAGAGCCGUGUCGUGUAUUAUUGAUGGUAUUGAAGAUCCAAGCGUCCAAGCAGGGGCCAGAGCAGGUAGAUAUACGAGCCCAGACCGGCUCUACGCUGAAUAUAUCUCUGUUCUAAAACCUGAAAAGUCCGUCUCGAGCACGACUGUAGCGAAAACUGCGUUUACAACUCCACAUCGCCGUCCUUUGAGCGAAAGGGAGCGAUCGAAUGAGCCGCCUCCAAAAAAGGCGAAACCACCGGCUAGAAGACCCCCAAAAUGCUAUAACUGUAGGGAUGAGGGUCACUUUGCCGAUAAGUGUCCGAAACCCAAAGUGGAAUGUUCCAGUUGUAAGCGGUUGGGCCACCUUACAAAAGAUUGCCGCAGGCAGUCCAUCAAAAAUCAAGUUGUCCUUGAGAAAGACUUGGCACCCGUCAACAGUAGUUACUUUUUUGACUGCUGGGUUAAUGAAACGCCCUCCCAGGCAUAUGUUGAUUCGGGGUGCGGCGCUGUUCUAAUCCGGGAAGAUACCGCCAACAUGCUGAACAUGGAACGCAGUCCCUGCACGAAAUAUGUAAUAGGUUACGGCGGAGUAGCCACGAAAACUCUCGGAAAACUGACCAUCCAACUCAAGAUAGAUGGUGCAGAGGCUGAAGUUGAGAGCCUGAUAGUACCCAAUACUGCUCAAGAAAUUCCUGUAAUGGUGGGCCAAACUUUCUUAAAUCAAGAUGAGAUCAUGAUGAUUGUUUCUGGACAGACCGUACGAGUUACCCGAAGAGGAAGUGACUUGUGCGAAACUCUCGAUGUUCCUCCCAGGAAAAUUCCUUUAUGGGCAAAGGAAUCAAUCGUGUUAGAACCGAGAACAACGGCUCUCGUCGCCGUGACUUCUCGAGGUGCCUGUGCCGACGACGUAUACGUAAGAGGUGGCUUACGACCGCUGCCUGAUGGAGAACACGUCGUACACGAAUGUAUUACGAAAGGGAGGAUGGCUACGUCGCCAUCACGAAUCUUUCGUACCGGCAUAUCGAGGGCAACUCGUUCCACGGGGACGCGGAGGCUGGUAGCGUAGCCGACUGUUACCGCUGCCGCCACGUGGCCGCCACUGGACCGGCCCCCGUGAUGCUGGCGCCGCUGGCGUGGACCGGCGCAGAGAGAAAAGGAACAGCUGAGCGG